GCCCGAGUUUCUAUGCUCGGUGGAAUUUAGAAUAGAGUAGGAUAGAAUAGAGCUGGAAGAGAUCUUGGAGGUCUUCUAGUCCAGCCUCCUGUUUAAGCAAGAGAACCUAUAGAAUUUCAGAUAAGUGGAUUUGGGGAAGGGAAGAAUGAAGGGGAGGAUUCCAUCGCUUUCCCUGGAGUAUGCUGUCGAGUGCGCUCUAAUGAGGGCAUCACCUAAAGGUGACCGAUGUUGGAGUAAAUAUAAUACAGAACUUAAAUCAGUAAGAUGCCUUUGUGGACUCGACAAUUUUCCAGAUACUGGUCUUUGUUAAAUGCAUACAAUAUUAUAAAAAGUACAGAGCUGAGAAAGCAAUCAAUAAAUAUGUGGACACGUUUUCUUGAACCGUCAUAUUUGCAGUGCUUUUGUCCUUACGGAUAUUAUUGCCACAUGCUGUUAAAGAAGUUUAGAACUUUGCAUCUGGAUAAUCACAGGCAAUUCUGCAGCUCAAGUAGUGAACCCCAACAGACCUCACUUUCUUUCAUUGACAAGCCAAAACCUGAGAUAGUACCUACUGUAGAUACCGAAGAAUUGCUUCAAGAUUUGGACGAUGAUUUGUCUAUAUCUCCCCUGGAGAAAAUUUCAGAAGAUAAGUCUCUUCAAAUCAAAGCUGCACCACCACCUCCAUUAGAAUCUUUCUCACUUAGAGAUUAUGUUGACCAUUCGGAAACAUUGCGGAAAUUGGUGCUUCUAGGUGUCAACUUGUCCAUGGUCGAAAAAAAACCAAAUGCAGGCCAGCUUCUUGUAAAACUAGAUUUUGAAAAUGAUAUUAAAAAAAUCCUUCUAUUUCUUAAGGAUAUUGGUUUGGAAGAUACACAAUUUGGGGCAUUUCUCACUAAAAAUCCUUAUAUUCUCAGUGAAGAGGUGGAAGAUCUAAAAACAAGGGUCGACUACCUAAUAUCAAAAAAAUUUUCCAAAGAGGCAGUCACACAAAUGGUCUUAAGGGCUCCAUGUUUACUUCUCCUUUCUGUGGAAAAACUGGAUGAUAGAUUGGGUUUCUUCCAAAAUGUACUUGGACUAAAUCCAAGAAAGACUAGAAAUCUGGUAAUCCGUCUUCCAAGAUUGCUAACUGGCAAACUUGAACCAAUUGAAGAAAAUCUUUCAGUAUAUGAGCAAGAACUUGGAUUUAGUAAGAAUGAAAUCCGCCAUAUUGCACACACUGUCCCUAAGAACUUAAGUAUAAGCAAAAAAAAGUUAACACAGAGUUUUGAUUACGUGCAUAAUGUAAUGGGCAUUUCCCACAGACUUAUGGUACAUUUUCCUCAGAUUUUUAAUACAAAAUUUUUACGAAUCAAAGAAAGACAUCUAUUUCUUAAGUUCCUGGGAAGGGCCCAAUAUGAUCCGGAGCAACCAAGUUACAUCUCCUUGGAAAAAUUGAUAGCCUUGCCAGAUGAUGUGUUUUGUGCUGAAGUUGCUAAAGCAGAAAAAACAGACUUUGAAAAAUUUUUGAAAACGCUGUAAAGAACUUUUUUUAAAUAUAAACACAUCUGGUAGUAUGCCUUUCAACUGCAAAUUUUGACAAAACUUUGUCAAUAAGUAAACUGACUUCUAAAUAUGGAAACUAAUUUAGAAAUAAGAUAGCACUUGUAUCCAAGUGUGCUGAUAAAUGUUCCAUAAGAAAACAAAACAUCAUAAACCAAGUAAAAGGAUGAUUGAGCAUUUAUAAUCAUGAGUGCAGCCACCAGUGUUUUCUGUCAGUGACCUAGAUGUAAUGUUUACCUAAGUAUAAAAAUACCUGGUUUUAGAUUUAUUCCACAGUGAAUAAACCAAUAUUAUUACAUUCAAUUGGUAGCAUCUUUUCAGAUGAACAUAAAUGUGAAAUACAGCUCACUUCAUUAGAUGCAGCGGAGUUACUAGACUGAUGCAAGAUUUAAACUGGGAAGAGGUGAGAGAAGGAGAGGUCAUUAUGCAAAUGCAGGUUACAUUCGAGACAAAUAAUUUUUUUCCCUAUUAAAUAUACUGUGUAACCAUAAUAAUUAUAAAUCACAUCAAACCAAAAGUCUGUUUUUCAUCCAUUUUAGGGGCUGUAUUCACCUCAGGUCUGUCUGUUUUGCAUGGCUGCAUUCUACAAUUGUAUAAUUUUGUGGCAUAUUCCAAUCCCUAACACAGCAUUGUCCUCAGCCCCUGGCGUGCUUUCCCUGUCAAAUCGUCCCAGCUCCCAUUCUUUCUCCUUCUCCUGCAAACCAGCCUCUGAAGGGGGCAUUUCAUACAUUUGCCAUCACCAGUCUAGAGACAGAGGAUUUCUCUAUGCACUUCCAUCCCACUCUCUACUUUUGCAUUGCAAAGGAUUAUAAUGAUUUACUGACCUUGGCCUUUAUACAAGUGAGUUCUGUAUCUACAGUUCUAUUCUAGGUCAUAUUUGAUAAUAUGAUGUUACGGUCACAAUGGAACCAGCACAAAAUAGAUCUGCAUGUCCAAUGCAGAAAUUAUAACUGCAACUGGGUUGGUUCCUAGGAUAUCCAAGAUGUAAAGCCACUAUCUGUAUUUUAAAUGGAAAAGCAGAACUUUCAGGAAACUUUUUUCCUUAAUUCUUAUACCCACAGGUCCUUCCAAAUUGAGUAGUUAAAUUUCCUGAAGUUCUUAGAAAUUUCUCAGUGCUAUUGUUAGCCUGAGAGGAGCCAAGCAAAUGUACUUCCUGAAGCUGAUGUACAUACCUUUUUGCUAGUGGGUAAAUGACAGAAGUAAGGUGUCUUGUGGCAAUGUUCUUGCUGCUUCAUUUUGCUGUAUGAAAUGAUUGGCUCCCUAAAGAAGUGUGGAUGCAAAAUGGAGAAAUGAUUUCCAUAUUUAAGAAAUCAUGUUCAGUCAGAGAUCUUGGAUUGCUAUUGUGUGAGCUACACCAUGGUAAGAAGUUCUGCACCUUAUAAGCAAUCUGAUUUAACCUGUAAUUCCAAAAUACAUUUUCACAUUAAACUAUUCUAAUAAAUAGUAAUCCAAAUGAUUGUUAACUCAGAAGGAAAAGGGAAACCUAAUAUUUGGAUAUGAUGCUUUCCAAAAUAUAGCAUGAAGAUGUUAUAAUUUACAGUUUACUUGUAUUCCAUCCAAAGUUCCUUUCUGAAGGAGAUGGGCAGUUUCUACAUUUGAUAAUAAAAAAUAUUUUAUG